CUGACCUUCCGGCAAAAUCUACAUAAAAACAUAAACAAAACAAAAAAGACGCUGACCGCCCUAGAAGCCCAGAUCCGCAAUCACCGCGUCCAGCUCGUCCUGCAGAUUGGUGGCCCGGUGGCGCACCUGCACAAUUUGGUCCUGCAAAUUGUCGACGUUUGCCUGCAGCAGCACGUUGCACUUCUUCAUCGCCGCGAAGCGACUCUCGUGCUUCUUCACGCGCGGCUCCACGUUAGCCUUCUUCGCAGAGUUAGCCGCGUCCUACGGUGCAACAAAGGAAGGAAGGAAGGAAGAAAGCUGGUGAACAGCACAACCAAGCAGCAAGGAUGGCGGGGCGACUCAAUCAGCAGCAUGCCGCAUACGCGCAGCGCAGGGAGCAGGAGAACACUCGCGUUCAGGCCACGCAGGCGGUGAACCGCUACUACGACCACUGGGGCAAGGUGACGACGCGCUUCGAGAACUGGACCAACAAGGAGUACUACGAGAAGGCUGACAAGAAGCUGCAGAACCGCAAGAAUCAGAAGCAGAAGGACAUUGACCUCACAGAGCGCAAGGGCAGGCUGCGGGAGCUCCUGGACACGGAGAACGAGGCCUACGACAUCGAGAUGGGCCGCAAGCGUCGGCCCAGAGAGUACUCCGCGGACACGCAGCUGCUGGGGCGUGUCAAUCAGUCCCUGAAGGAGCAGGAGCAGCUCAAGCGAAAGCUCGAGAUGGAGGCCAAACUGUACGGCCGUUGGCGGCAUGGGGUGGACGACGAGAAGUUUCUCUACCAGUCCAAGUCCGACAACGAGGUGCUGGCGAAGCUCAAUUGGCUGGACAAACAGAUCGAGCAGCAGAAGGAGCGGGAGGAGCAGGAGGCAUUGAAUGCCGAGCGGAAGCUGCUGCUGCAGCAGGAGAUCAGCCGCACGGAGCUGGCACAGAAAGAGCGCCAGCAGAUCCAGGAGCAGCAGGUGAAGGAGAUCCGUGCGCUGCAGGAGUCGCACAUGGUGGAGCUGCGCCAGCGCCAGGUGGAGGCCGAGAAGCUCAAGGAGGAGGAGCAGCACUUCCGUCUGUUCAUCGGGGAGCUGGAGAAGGAGAAGCAGCUGCUGGAGGAGAGCACGGCCCUUGUCCUGCAGCGCCCCGACACCGGGCAGGCCUUCAACCUGAACAAGAUCAAGGUGUUCAUCCGCAACCGCAGCGAGGCGAGUCGCCGCCAGAUCUCGCUGUGCAUUAAUCUGCUCGAGCGCAUGGCCAAGUACGUGGUCCGCACCGAGGAGCUCCAUCCGCUGCUCGAGAAGUACAAGCAGCAGCUGGAGUCCGAGCAGCUGGCCUGCACCCAAAUCGAGGCCAUGUACGAGUCGGAGGCCAAGGCCAACCUCCAGCGCUGCGAGGAUAACUGGCGCGAGCAGCACUUGCAGCGCUACCAGGAGCUCUCGAAGCUCAUCGACACGGAGAAGGAGUGCCUGAGUGGGCUCCUGCAGGAGAAUGUCAGCCAGCAGCAGGCACUCUUGGAGCUCCGCAGCACACAUCUCUCUGGCAUCGAGCAGGCCACCAAGCAGCUGGAGCAGAUGAGCACCGGAGAGCAGGGAUCAGCAUCAUCUGACCCGAUUUCUGCGUCAUCCUCCACGGAUCUCUCUGCGGCGGAUGGGGAUCCAGCCGAGCAGAACGAUGUCCCCAAAGUGAGCAACUCGUUCUCGAACCUCAAUCUGGAUGUGUGGCAGGAUUUGCCGCCAGUGCGCGGCGGCAUCGACUCGCCGCGUCUCGACAAGACGCGCUCCAUGAAUGUCGUCACAUCGCAGUCUGCGAUGCCACCGAAGUUUGCCCGCAAGCGUGUGGCAUGGAACUAAAUGGGGGGGUUCCAAUGUUCCAUUUUAUAUAUUUUCUCUAUUGAAAUUUACCAAGUAUUAUUAAGGCUCCCUGUGUUUAGAGUUAGUUAUCCGUUUCCAUGUGUGUGUGUACGUGCAAGUCCCUAAACAAACACUUGUCCUACAGCCUGUAUCCCACACCCAUUUAUAGUUGAUAAGACUGAUAGAUAGGCACCCGUAGCGUAGCAAUAAAUCACCCAAAUGUUGCCCCAAAA